GCCAGGAUUGGCACACUGACGGAGGCCGGUAGGCUACAGCAGGUGCAGUAUCACCAGAAAGGCUGAAAAGCUCAGAGCGGAAGAGAUCAGGUCCAGGAUGCCGCUCCAGUUCUUGUCCCACCUGCUAGGGGUGUGGCUGCUACUGAGCCAACUUCCCAGAGAGAUCUCAGGCCAGAGGACGAACGAUCUUAUUAAGGCAUGCGGCCGAGAAUUAGUCCGCCUCUGGGUCGAGAUCUGUGGCUCGGUCUCCUGGGGGAGAACGGCUCUGAGCCUGGAGGAGCCUUGGCUGGGAUCCGGACCGCCAGCAGAAAUCAUGCCAUCCUCCAUCACCAAAGAUUCAGAAACCUUAAAGAUGUUGUUGGAAUUCGUUCCUAAUUUGCCACAGGAGCUGAAGGCAACACUGUCUGAGGGGCAGCCAUCACUGAGAGAGCUACAACAAUCUGCAUUAAAGGAUUCAAAUCUUAACUUUGAAGAAUUUAAGAAAAUUAUUCUUAAUAGACAAAAUGAAGCAGAAGACAAAAGUCUUUCAGAAUUAAAAAACUUAGGCUUAGAUAAACAUUCCCGAAAAAAGAGACUGUUCCGUAUGACACUGAGUGAGAAAUGUUGUCAAGUAGGUUGUAUCAGAAAAGAUAUUGCUAGAUUAUGCUGA